AGUAUCAGUUCGAUAAACCACAACGCAGUCGCUCUGUGUUCAGCCAUGGCGAUCUUCACCACCCGGCGUACUUUAGCCUCUCUCCUCACCCGAACUCUGUCAUCCCCUCCAUCUUCUCUCUCCUCUCGUUCUCGCUUCGCUCUCGCACUUCUCAACAACACCCAAAGCCCCCAACUGUAUCCGGACCCAAAGCGGGUCCCGACCCGGUUCAAGACAUCAAGGUCCGGCUACUCUCCGCUCAACGACCCAUCUCCAAACUGGAGCAACCGGCCACCGAAGGAGACGAUACUGCUCGACGGUUGCGACUACGAGCACUGGCUCAUCGUCAUGGAGUUUACCUCAGAUCCUAAGCCUUCUGAAGAGGAAAUGAUUAAUAGUUAUGUCAAAACUCUAGCUUCCGUUAUUGGAAGUGAAGAAGAGGCGAAGAAGAAGAUUUACUCUGUUUGUACAACAACGUAUACUGGUUUUGGUGCUUUGAUCUCUGAAGAGCUUUCCUAUAAAGUUAAAGGCUUACCUGGUGUUCUGUGGGUUUUGCCUGAUUCUUAUCUUGAUGUGCCCAACAAAGAUUAUGGAGGGGAUUUGUUUGUUGAUGGUAAAGUUGUCCAUAGGCCACAGUAUAGGUACAAUGAGAGGGAACAAAUAAGGAACAGGCCGCGUCCGAGGUACAAUAGGCGCCGGGAAACAAUGCAGACUCAAAGGAGAGAGCCUGCUGGAUGGGCCCAAAAUCAGCAAGCGCCGCCUGUGCCGCAACAGACAUCAACGGAUGGCCAGAAUGCGUCUCAGAGUGGCAGGGGAAGUUUCCCUCCAAAUCAGGGUGGAUUUCAGGGGAACAAUGCCUAAGAAUUCAUAGUGAACUGCUGAAAAUUAGAUCUUGGAGAAUGGACUAAUGGGUUCUUGCGUGCUUAUAUGACAGAUAAUGACUUCAUGUCCCUUGCUUUCUGAGCAUUUCUUGCCAGAAAUGUCUGCACAUAAUCUAAUAUGAAGAUAAUACGUGAAUAUUUUUCUUGAACAUUGUCAUCUGUCUUUGAGCCAUUAAACGUUAUUAGUUACUGCAACAAACAUAAGGUUCAUAUCAUUUAGCCUUUUUUGUUUUCAGUUAAUUGAUAAGGAGAUG